AUGCCACGCGGUCGGCAUCGCAUCGCGUGCGCGCAAAUGACGUCCACGGCUGACUUUCAGCACAAUCUGCAGACAGUCACCGAGCUCUGCAAACGCGCGAAAGCCGAAGCGUGCGAGGCGCUAUUUUUGCCCGAAGCGUUCGCGCGCAUCGGUGCGACGGACGCGUCGUACGCCGAGCCUCUGGAUGGGCCCAUCGUGCGCGCUUGUUGCGCGCUGGCGAAGGAGUAUGGGCUUUGGAUGAGUUUGGGCGGCUACGCCGAGCGGGACGGCGACGGGAGGAAACGAUUCAAUUCGCACGUCAUGAUCGAUCCUCGAUCGGGAGAAAUCAGUGGAGAUGUGUACCGUAAAAUUCAUUUAUUCGAUACCGACGCCGCGGUGGGCGUUGAUGGCGGCGGGAUGCGCGAGAGCGAUUACACGCGCGCCGGGACGACGUUGGCUUCGUAUGAUACGACGUUUGGUAAAGUUGGGGCGUCGAUAUGUUAUGAUUUACGAUUUCCGGACGUGUAUCAGGCGCUACGAUUCGAACACGAAGCGGACGUCAUCUGUGUGCCGAGUGCGUUCACGAAAUCCACGGGCCAAGCUCACUGGGAAGUUCUCCUAAGAGCGAGAGCGAUUGAAACGCAAUGUUACGUCGUCGCGGCCGCGCAAGCAGGUAAGCACGGGGAAACGAGAGAAAGCUACGGGCACGCCAUGGUGAUCGAUCCAUGGGGGCGAAUUGUGGCGAAGAUGGAUGAUCCAUCGAACGAGGUCGGCAUCGCGGUGGCUGAAAUUGACCUCGCUCUAGUCGAUUCAAUUCGCACACAGAUGCCAUUAGCCGAACAUAGGAGGCGAGUGAGAGCAGAGUUUUAG